ACGGAUGCUGAUAUCCAAUCCACGGAUGUUAGAUCUGAGGCGGUCACUGCAACGGAUGCUGAUAUCCAAUCCACUGAUGUUACAUCUGAGACAGUCACUGCAACUGAUGUUGAUAUCCAAUCCACUGAUGUUACAUCUGAGACGGUCACUGCAACGGAUGCUGAUAUCCAAUCCACUGAUGUUACAUUUGAGAUGGUCACUGCAACGGAUGCUGAUAUCCAAUCCACUAAUGUUACAUCUGAGGCGGUCACUACAACGGAUGCUGAUAUCCAAUCCACUACUGUUACAUCUGAGACAG